AUGUCUCAACAUCAUAACAACCAAAACAAAUUGCGAGGCCAUUACAACUUGGAAACAUCAAAAGGAACCAUCCGAAUCAUGGAAAACUAUGAAGUCGGAACGUGUGGUUCUCGAUUAUGGUCCUCCGCUCCAGUUCUAUGCAAAUAUCUCGAGAAACAUGCCAAUAAAUUAAAACUCACCACCACUUGUCGGAGCAUAUUAGAAGUAGGAGCUGGUUGUGGAAUUUCAUCCAUUCUUCUCGCAAAAUUAGGAUGUCCUCGAGUGGUGGCUACCGAUCGAGAAAUUGUACUUCCCAUUCUAAAACAAAAUAUUCUGUAUAAUUGCAAUGAAGUUUCAAAGAAUAUUUCAUGUGAAGAAUUGGAAUGGUUAUGGGCAUGCUCAACCACAGAUGAAAAUAAAUUGAAAGAAUUCCGAAUGAAAACCACUGGAACCGAAGAUGGAACAUUUGAUUGCAUUAUUGGGAGUGAUGUGGUCUAUGAAGAGCCAUGUAUUGAGCCAUUAUUGAAAUUAUUGACUGUGUUGUCAUCUACAUCGACUUUAAUUUUUAUUGCUUACGAGAUUCGUAAUGACACAGCUCACGAACUCUUUCUGGAAAAAGCAGCAACAUUCUUUUCCUUAAAGAAAAUUCCUACCAAACAACAAAAUUCAGAAUGUAUGGACGAACGUGUUCUCAUUUAUCAACUCAAAAAGGAGUCACAAUAA